UUACGGUCACUCAACCAUAGAAGAUUUGUUUGUUUCAUAUCGAAAAGCCGCAUUAAACAGCAAGUUUAUUUUCAAUUAUGGGUGAUUACGAUUCAGAUGAUGAAAAAUCACAAAUUGAAAAGCUGCGCAAUGUCAAGGUACCGAAAGGAAUGUUUGUUAGCGGUUGGGAUGAUGACUCCGACGAGCUGAUCCAGGAAGACAAAAAUCCUCAAGCAAGCAUUGAUCGCAUGAUACUUUGGGCUGUCAAUGAAAAUCGCAUAAGUGAGGUGCGCGAAAUCCUGGAACUAGAUGGUGACACCGUUAAUGCCCGGGACGAUGACGGCUACACGCCGUUGCAUCGGGCUUGCUACAACAACUUUGUUGAUAUUGCCAAAUUGCUGUUGCAAUAUCAGGCAAAUCCCAACGCCCGCACAGAGCUGGGCUGGACGCCAUUGCAUUCGGCAUGCAAAUGGAACAAUGCUGAUUGUGCACAACUGCUGUUACAAUUUGGUGCCGAUGUCAACGCCGAGUCGGAUGGCCAGCAGACGCCAUUACACAUCACUUCAACUGUGUCCAACUGUCGCAAUACAGCAACCGUGCUAUUGCUUGAUCGCAAUAUCGAGGCUCGCAAGGAAAACAACAGCGAGGAGACGGCCGCUGUCAUAGCACGCAGGAAUGGCAUGAGCUAUGUCAUCUUUGAGAGUGGUCAUGAAGCCUACGACUGCAACACGGGACUACUCGACUAG